AUGCUGCUGCGAGUUGUCCUCUCUGAGACUGAUAUCAGGCGCCUUUCCAUCGAAAUCACCCCCCCUAGUGUUGAAGAACUAUGCCAGAUGUUGCGUGCAAACCUUGGCCUGAGAGGUGGAUUUAUUUUACAAUUUGAGGACCCUGCGUUCAAUAAUCAGCCGACCAAUUUGACCGACAUCCGAGACCUUCUUGAGGAGAGAGCAACAUUGAAAGUGUUGUUCACAGCUAAUACAGCUUGCUCGGAUUCCACAUUGGAUAUAGCCAGCCUUCCAUCUGUCAGUAGUGGGGAAUCUGACUCCCAGCAAUGGCCUGAGCCCUUCCCGAUUCCAGAGUUCUCGCAUGAUGUUGAACUUACGCUGCAAGAAGCAAAUGGAAGAUAUGCAAAAGAUGGAUCUGUGCUGGUGAUUCCUAAGGGUAUGAAAACUGAUAUCCUGGACACACUUGCAGAUAGCAUGUCAAAGAUUAGUCCUUAUCCUGAGAGGCAACACUAUGAAAAUGUUGCCAAAGCACUUGUGGAGAAGCAUCCAAGUCUAAAAGAGCCAGGGUCUGGAAAGGGUUGGUACGGCUGGUUCCACAGCCUGAAGUUUAAGCUUGGAAACUAUCGACAGAAAUUGAGUGCAGCUAGAUGCCCAGAGGUGAGAGUCAACAAAAGAAAAGGAGAAGAAGCCAAGGGACCACGUAUGAAGAAGUCAAAGAAGGGUGAGGUCCACUACUGUCCAGAUCCCCCUGAAGGACUGAAUGCUGAAGACAUGGAAGAAAAGCGGAGAAUGAUGGAGGUGGAAGUGCUGAAAAAAGACUCAGAUCACCAGCAGAUUGAUGAGCUGAUGUCUGCCACAUUCUCCAAACGCAGAAAGGAGAUCGUAGGGGAUCAACCUCUCAUCGGGGAUGUCAUAGCCAGAUGGCCGGCCAUGUUCUGUGAGAGACGGGUUCGGGCAGAAUUCAAGAGAGUCGUAAGCACAGACCUUCUUGAGUCGUUCCUCGACGGGCUUGAUGAAUUGGCACCAAGACUGCUGGAACUGUACGAAGCUGCGACCAAGUCAGGGAAGAAGCCUACACUGAAAGCCAUUUUGGACUGUCUGAAGAAAGACGACACAAACGAAAGGAGGACUGCUGCUCUGCCACACUACCUACCCGAAGAGCCAUCAGACAUCAUCAGGAUGUGUGACGUAAGGUCUUUUUCUGUCAUGCAUAACAGCCCACAUACGAACACACCCACCCACAUAUACACUUGCGCGCGCACACACACACACACACAACCUUUAACACAGAGAUUGGAUUAG